GUCUUGUUCCCGAGGAUGUUUAUUCAUCUUUCUUCAAGUCGUUUUGAUUAGAGCGUUCAUGAUUCAAUGCUUAAUGUUUUGAAGACCCUAUGCAACUGCGUUCUUUUAAAGUUUAAGGCAAGAUGGCAGAGAAAAUUGAGGACUUGAACCUGCCCAACGCUGUCAUUACAAGAAUAAUAAAAGAUGCAUUACCAGACGGUGUGAAUGUAUCUAAGGAGGCCCGGGCUGCGAUCUCACGGGCAGCCAGCGUGUUCGUGUUGUAUGCUACAUCCUGUGCUAACAACUUUGCCCUGAAGGGUAAGAGGAAGACAUUGAAUGGGACUGAUGUGAUUGCUGCAGUUCAAGAGAUGGAGUUUGAACAGUUUAUGGACCAGCUGAAAGACAGUUGGGAAGCUUUCAAGAAAGAGCAGAAGGACAAAAAGGAUGCGGCAGAAAAACGGAAAAAGACAAAGGAAGGUGAGAAGGCUGAGGGCAGCAGCACUGGGCAGCCAUCACAGGACGAGGUAAACACAAGCACAGAGGCUGCUGGGAACACAGACAGCAUGGAACAGGGUGAAGACAAGGAGGACGAACAGGAGAUGUAGAUGUCAUUGUUUGAUAAUACUAGUUUCUUAACAUUUUGUACAUGUUUAUAGACAAAUGAUCACAGAACAAUGUUGGAGAAUUUGAUAUUCUCAUUGUAACUUAGUAGCUACACAUACAGUACAUCCUUUUGUAAUAAGUAUAAUAGUGUUUGAAGAGUACAGUGCAGAAGGAUCAUAUGUUGUAUGAUCAUAAUUGUAAACAAGUGUAUUGUUAAGGAUGAAAGAAAAUUGAUUGAAAUUAUGAAAUUGAAACUGAGGUGUUUUUACCCUAACAGUUUUACAAACUUGAUAGAAAUUCUGUACUCCAAUACAUUGCAUAUCUUCAUUCCAGUAUUCUUCCCAAUACAAUAGUAAGUACAUUGAUACAUAUUCCCACUGGUUAGUAUGUACAGAAGACAUAUUGUAUUGAUAACUUUCUGAGAAACUGCGAUCCUAUGCUUUUAUAAAUAAAGCAUUGUUGAUAAAUAAA